AUGCAACCUCUCACUGUAUCAUAUCUCAAUGGCAUUGACAGCCACAAUCACGCAACCACCAACCCGGUCUCGGUCGACAGUCCAAAACCAGUCAUCAUUGGCCUCUAUGGCCUCCCUGGAUCUGGCAAAUCAUUCUUGCUGGAUAUUCUCAAGUGUGGCCUGAGCCAUGCCGAGUUUUCCUUCUAUGAUGGCAGUCAGGCAAUUGCGGCGGCUACGCCUGGGGGGCUCCAAGCAUUUCAGAACUUGAACGAAGAUAGCAAAGAAAGGGUUCGUGAUCUUGCGAUUCGAAGGAUCAAACAGGACAGUUCCCACAGUGGGAGGAGUGCCAUAGUCACUGGACAUGCCAUGUUUUGGGCCGAAGAAAAAGCUGCCGGUCAACUGGUGUGCACACCAGCUGAUUUACACACAUACACUCACAUAUUGUAUUUGGAUGUGCCAGCCGAGAACAUCGCGGAGUAUCGUUCUGGUGAUCAGAAACGAAGUCGUCCAGCGACGUCAAUUGCUCAUUUGGAAAAAUGGCAGCAAGAAGAGAAAAAGCGAUUGCGUCACAUUUGCAGGUCGCACGACAUCAUUUUCACGACCAUUACUCAACGCCAGGUAUCAAUGGGGAAGAUUGUUCCUUUCAUUCAGGAUCUUAAGAUCCAUACAGAAGGCUUGAACUCCAGACUAGCCCAGCAACGCAUGGAUGACUGCAUAACGAACGGAUCUGAACGGUCGGAGACCGUGCUAGUCUUUGAUGCCGACAAAACACUCGCACCGCAGGACAGCGGUGAACUAUUUUGGGAGCUCGCUUCCGCACCUUCGGCUGAGGCGGAGGAGAGAUACACCUUGAAAAGUUUGUUCAGCAGCCCUUUGCACUACACAUAUACUGCCUUCCGCCAAGCGACCUUCCUCUGCGAAGAAGUCAUUGUCGACAACAAAGAAUAUGAUGAUUGCUGCGACAAAGUGGCUCUCAUGAUCAAGGUCCAUUCUGAGAUUUUAGAUCUUCUGCACUUAGUGUCAGGUCAGACUCACGUCCGCGCGCUGGUGUUGACCUGUGGGCUUCGCAGAGUCUGGGAGAAAGUUCUGAAGAGGGAGGGUCUGGCGAAAACAGUCACAGUGAUUGGUGGGGGGCGCUUCUCGGACGCUCUUGUCAUGACACCCGCUCUAAAAGCAGCACUCGUGACGCGUUUGCGUGAUGUGCACGACGCUUACGUUUGGGCCUUUGGCGAUAGCCCAUUGGAUGUGGAAAUGCUCCAAGCGGCGAACCAGGCGAUUGUUGUGACAGGUGACAAAGCAUUGAGAAGUACUAGCAUGGACGAGGCUUUGACAAGAUUAAUCGGGAAGGACGGAUUUCGGCCGCGCCAGGCUGUGCUCCCUCCAAAUGCAACCGCCCGCCUUGAUGCGUCCCGGCUGCCUUUAGUACAAUUGACGGAUCAAUUUUUUGUUGAGUCAUUAUUUGUCCGACGCCAAAACCUUCAUGUUCUUCAUGCUACUGAUCGUUUUGCGGCCCAGUUGCUCAUGACACCGAUGCGCGAUGCAGCGAUAUCGGGGCCAGCACUGCGGGAUGCACAUUCUAAAGUCGGAUGGUAUCUUGCCACUGAAUUCUGUACCCAGAUUCUUGGCGUUGAGACGUUCCACAUAACCCAUGUUCAAGGUCAUCAAACAGAUGGUUUUCGAAUUCUUCAUGAGAAAGAGACCUUGAUUGUGCCUUUGAUGCGAGGUGGCGAACCGAUGGCACUGGGUGUGAAUAGGGCUUUCCCACUCGCCAUGUUCCUCCAUGCAAAAUUCCCAGGCGAUAUUCAGCAUAAGCAUGUUGAAGGUCGCAAGACGAUCGUUCUCGUUGACUCGGUAGUCAACACCGGCCUAUCAAUCUUGGAAUUUGUGCAGCACAUUCGAGCCCUUCAUGUUUCUAUCCGCAUUGUCGUCGUUGCUGGUGUCAUUCAGACAAAAUCGGUUUCCACGAGUAGAAUUGCGCAAGAGCUCUCGCGAUUCCGGCGUUUGUCUCUCGUUGCUCUUCGCCUGUCAAACAAUCAAUUCACCGGCAAAGGGCCCACCGAUACGGGACACAGACUCUUCAACUCCGUGCUUCUUGAUUAG